CAUGUAUUUGUUGAUUAAGCACGUAAAAUUGUAAAACAAAAAGUUCAUUUGGAUAACGGCAAAUUAAAAUUUUCAAGUGCAUUUAGAUCAAUUAGACGUACCAGUGGUUAAAGUUAUAGAAUUAUUAGCCCCUUUAUCUGGUUAUAAUCUAAAAAUUUACAGCUUGGUCCGUUUUGUCAAAGCAUUUUCUGAUUCACGGCUUGAGCGAUGUCAUCAAGUAUUACAAACAGGUGCGAACAAUUCAGUAAAAGAAGCAACGAGAUUUAUAACAAACGUUUGAGAUUUAAUCAACAAAAUGCUAAUUGUAUCUACAAAAACGUUGCACAAUCGGGUUUGUUACGAAAUAAGUCGUCUUCAUAUUGUUCAAGAAGCGAGAAGAAAAAUUAUUUACAAUUAAAUCAGGAAUGCCAGAGAAAAAGGCGCUACAGGGAAUUUUUGAAAGCACAAAGGAGAAGGAUAACGGAUCAGAAUGUUCGACGAAGAGGGCAGAAAAUGAUUGGGCGAUCUUCCCAACCUCAAAGAAGAACCUGCCAGUCCAAAAAUCUUCUUGAACCCUCCAGUUCAGAAGCUUCCACACACUGUUAUGCUAAGACACCAAAGGUAGCAACAAAAAUGGCGGGUCAUGUUUCACCUUUGGCUAAUAUAAAACAGAAUAGAUUUACAUCUGGUUUUCAAAAGGUCAAAGUGUGCAGACAAAAGCCAGGGAAACGUAGUUUUAAGAUUCAAGUAGCAUUACCACGAUCAAGUUGUUCGAAUGUGUAUAAUUCUAAUAAAAAAAAUUAUAAGGGCUCGCUCAGGGGAGACCUAAGCAUUGAUUUAAAGGCUGCAGGAAGAGAUACUAAUAAAAGAUGUAAUACACUCAAGACGUGUUUAAGAAGAAUGGAAAACUGUACACAAACCCAAAGAAAAAUGGUGGAGCAAGCGGUAGAUGCAUGUUUCUUUGAUUCCAAAAAUCAAAAUCCUCUUAAAUUUGUUCCUUCGAGAAUUAUGUUUACUCCGAAGACUGGGAGGAGUUCGGAGGACUUAAUAAUAAAUAACAAAAAUUACGAUAAGAAAAUAUAUUGCCACAGUAUCCACAACAAAAAUAAACACAGUCAAAUGGAGAAGCAACAAAGUACAAUCCGGGAUAAAAAUGAAAGACUAAGAUUGAGGAAUAAAGUCAGUUUUAAACAUGUUCCAAACAGUAAGAUAAAAGAACAUAUUAGUACAUGCAGCUGCCUCACUCAAACCUUAGGGAGCGCAUGUUUAUCGUCUGAUUCAACGUCUGGGCAAUCGGAAUUAAGAAAAAAAGACACAAAACAGGCAUUCAAAGGAUAUCCUUACUGUGAGAAUAAACAAAUUAAAUUAAGAAGAAGUCCUCAUCCACAAAAUUCAGCACGGAGUACAAGCUCAAUGUGUCUUUGUUCCCAUAUCCAGGAAGAGCAAGAGACGAUGUUUGAAUAUACUCCGCCGAAACUGAAAUCGAUAGGUUCGUUGCUGUGUAAUUAUUUUGAUUUCACAUCAUCAAAAUGUAUGAAAGCUGAAGAACCGUCACAAUCAGUCACUAACGCCUUCAGAGAAUUUGCACCAUACGAUGCAGCACCUUGGCCUACACCAGCGUCAUGUCCGUUUUACAGAGCACUACGAGGACUACAAAUAAAGUUCGUAGCAGCCCGAAAUAGUGGAUAUUACAGGAAUGGUUUGGAAGCAGUUGUAAUUAAGAUUGCCGAACUUGAAGCCAGAAUGUCUUACACUUCGUUCAUGUCACUAUUCGAAGGGCAGGAACUGGAAAAUCGAGAAAAAUUACUAAAACUGAGUGAGAAACAAGAUUUCGAGUCUAAAUCCAAGGAUAAAGUAUGUCGCAACUGUAAGAAGUUGUGUACAUCUUUGAAAACUAUUGGAGGGUUACAGAAGAAGUCGUGCUUCCCAGCACUUUUUGAAUCUCAGAGAAUACUGAUGAACGAAAUAAUAAAUAACAUAAAUCAUUGUAAGAAUAAAUGUGCUCGAUCAGUUUUUAGAACGUUUCCAAAUUUGGUGUGCUACUAUAAAAAUACAAAUCGAAGUAGUAGUUCAACAAAAGUAAGUGGGAAAAGUACCAAUGGAUUUAGAAGUGGGAAGACUUCUUCAAGAUUAGAUGCUUCUCACCAUUCAAGCAAACUAUCAGACAUUCAAAUGAUGGGCUGCGGAGCAUCAUUAGUAUCUCCUAAUGGUAGCAGUUUGAAGUCAUUGUCAAAAACGAAGGAGAAUGCAGUGACGUCAACUUGUACUGAUACCUGUGGAAAAAUUGAAAUCGUUAACCCAGAAAUCCGAACUAAUUUUUUAGGCAAAAGGGAAGAUCGAGGGUGUAACAGAAGUACAAACAAAUUUCAACAAGAAUGUUCAAAAGUUGACGAAACUUAUAACAGUUGUAACGACGACUUUCAGGCCCAAGAAAUAGAAAUUUCUUUUGUUUGUGAUUGCAGUAAUAGUUCUGACGAAAAUGCUGAUAGUCCUUUGAUAGCAUCUUUUGAAGAUAAAAAUAAACCGAGGAUUUCUUUUGAUUGUACUCCAAAAGAUGAAGUCAUUUUAAAAGAGAGCGGAAAAGAGUUUUUCAACAAUGACGUUAGUUUGACAGGAUCAUGUUUAGGAGAUUGGCAUGAGAGAGAAGUCGGGACACAAUAUGAACGUUCUUGGUCCGAAUCGGAUUGUAGUAAUAAUAGUUUAAGUUCCUUAUUUUAUUGUCCAAUAUUUAAAGUUAUUAGAGGAAGUUCAAUUGAGAAAUCAAUCGAUUGUUUCAAAAUUGAAGACCCUUCAGAUUAUGCAUUAAAGGGCAGCAAUAUUAACAACUUUUGUACAAGCAAUGCAAAUCUUAAUAAUUUUCAAAGCCAAAAUUCGACGUAUGGUGGUACGUCAUGUAAUGGUCAAAGUGACUCCUUCACUAUAAUAAGAACCUCUAGUGUACCUAUUUGCAAAAGUGAGGUAUUAACCUUAGUUGUUGAUGAUACAGAAUUGUACAAUAGAAUGCAACAGUUUUCAUAUGACAAUUGUUCAAGAUUGAGAGGCGGAGAAAAUAAAGACGAGGAAGAUUUUAAAAACAAUAAAGCAGAAGAAAAAUCUUCUCAUGAUGAGCCACUUCCAGAACAUCAACAAACAUUACUUAUUCAAUCACUGAGCACACUUUUCACUCAAGAACUACUGGACAUUCUGUUGCAACAAAAUUUAACAAAUUAUGUAGAUAAUCUCAAUUUGUCAAAAGUUACUGAAAAGUCAUCGUCACAAUUUCAGAACAUGGUUGCUCCAUGUGAUGUUCUUCCACUCGAAAAAAAGAAUGGAGGUAACUACAUAACGGAAGAUAUCAAUAAGUCAAAAGAAAUAGGAAGCUCAUUACUCGUUAAUAAUGAAUUUUCUCGGUCUCAGUCGCAAAACAAAUUAUACCAUUUGCCAAAUAUAGAAACCGAACUGCAGAAAAUCAUAAGUCAUAUUAAUAUUCGGGCUAAAGAUCUUGAAAUGUUGAUGCAAUCGCUAGAUGACAAGACGAGUACCGUCGAAGAAAUAACUGACAGACGUGAAAAAUGUAAUGAACAUGUGUGCCGAUCGGAAAAGGAAUUGUUGUGCACAGAUUAUACUGCAGAGUGUAAUCAAAAUAAGGAAUCAACUAAACCCUCGAAUUUUCAAAAUCAUCUGCGAUUCUUAGAAAGUAUUUUACAUGAUAAUCCAAUGGAAGAAGUUAACAAUGUGACCCCUCAAAACGUUCUUGAGGUAUUACAUACCAAAAUUGGAAAUACUUCAGGAUUUCAGAAAAGCGUUGUUAAAGAACUAACAAUAAAUAAUAAGGGAAAUGUUAAUAAAGUAAAUUCUAUCAAAGUCAGAAAGUCAAAAAUAAAAUCCGAUAAAAUAUGUAAUCUGAAUUCUUCAAGUAAAGAGAGAAACAACAAUAGUCGUAAAUUGUUGAAUUUCAAACGUUCCAGUGCAACUAGUAACGUGUUCCUUAAUGUUUUGCGUGAAGUAGUCCGCACAACAAAGUUCAACGAAGAAACCUUACGAACGCUGAAAAAUGAGUUUUGGUUAGGCUCGAAAACAUUAAAACAUGCAAAAAAUUGUGACGUUUACGUAGUUCCUCGGUCGUUUUUGUUAGAAAAUAAAGAAUUACCUAAUUUGUCAGAACAAACUACUGAAGAAGCUUACAUUCAAUCAAAGAAAUUUUCUAGAAAGGAGUUAAUGGAUAACAACAAACUUUUGCAGGAGAAACUAAAAUUAUCUGAGGUGAAUAAAGAAAAAUGGCAAGACUCAUUGAAAAUACAAGAAAGAUGCAUUCCUCAGAAUUUUAAAACUAAUACUAAUCCAUUUUUGGAUGAUAUGAGUUGUGAAGAAACAUUAUCAGGUCCGCAAUUGAACAAUGAAUCUACGCAAAUAGUUAAAGGUUUUCAGCAAAGUGAUACGUCGUUCAAGCAAAAGGAAUUUGGACUAAAUGAGAGCAGUAAGUUGGAUUACGUUAAUAAAGCAAAUGCUGAUGGUAACUGCAUUCAUUGUAUCCCAUUACUCACAAAAGUACCGGAAGUGCCCAAUACGAAAAUCUCAACCACGAAACUUUUAAAAUUAGAUGAUAAAAGUGGAAAAGAAUCAGGCGAAGAACGGCGAAUUGAAAACAAAGCCAUAGCAGCAUAUAACAAUUUAUUACACAAUGAAUUUAAUCUCCCAUACAAAGAGAAUAAAAGUGAAGCUGUUGAAAAACAAAGAUAUGUGAAAAGUUGUGCUGUGGGACCAUCUUCCGUGGACAUUUACCUGCAAAUUAAACAAGAGAAAAUGAAGUUACGCUCCUUGAAAACUAAACUGCCAAUCAGUAAAUAUUUACGAAAAUCUAAAAUUAGUACAGCGUCAAACAGUAGACGUAAACCAUUCAAUCCUUUCUCAUUUACUGGCUCGAUUAGUAAUAGCAAUGUUUCAUCGUGUCAGUUGAGAGAAGUAAAUUCACAUUUCGAGUUGGGCGUACCGAUUGGUUUUGACAAUUUUUCUAGCACCAAAUGCAAACUCAUGUGGAAAAGAUUGAUAACAAAAUAUAUUAACAGAAAACCUUCAGUACGUUCCGAUUGGUUGGACGAAACUGAUGAGAUGGAGACGGAUGAAAGACAAUAUUACAGAACUAGACGUAAAAGCUCUUAUUUUAGGGAAAAUAAGAGGGUCACCAAUAGAAAUAAAAGCACCAAUCGCAUCCUUAGACAUUUUAAUAGAAAGAAGAAAUACCCACAUCCAGGUUGGUUUGGAAUUCAGGCAAAAUACGAGCAGAACUCUACAGGACUGUUAGAAUUUGUUAACAAAACGGACCCCAAAAAGGUUAACGAAUUAAAUAACGAGCUACAAAUGAAAGAUGUUUUACAAAAAUCAUUCCUUACUGAGUUUUUUAUGCGAUCUAGGGUAGCGGCGCAUUGCGGUGGUACUGUAAAGAAUAUUUGGCAAAAUACUGAUAUACAAACUACAGCGUCGUUAGUUUGUAAUGUUGCAAAGCCAACACAAUGCGAAGUCGAUAAAAGUAAUAAAGGAGAACAGUGUUGUUUGACCGAACAAGCCGAUGUUCGAAGUUUUUACAUUCCGCAAAAAGGGGGGUUAAUUCCACUCCAAUCAAAUUCUUCUAAGAACNAUACUCUGAAAAUUAAAAGAAGUUAUUGA